AUGACAUCAAGUAUUGUUGAAGCAAGUCAAUUAAAAUGUAUUGAAGAAUUUAAUUCUAAUUUACAAAGAAACAAUAAUGGCUUAACAGAGCUGAGAAGUGCAGCUUCUACUUUGUUUGCGAAAGGAGAUGUGGGAGAUGAUGCAAGCGAUGAAGUCAUCGCUGAUAAUAGUAAAUCUGCUGUGGGUAAGGCAUUAACUGAGCAUGUUAAUCAGAUUGACCAUGAAGAAUGUGAUGCUGGUGACGAAGAUUCAUUUUUCGUCUGUGAUUUGAACCAAGUUGUCAAGUCAGUUCACACUUGGCGCAAACAUUUGCCCAGGAUCCAACCUCAUUACGCGAUCAAGUGUAAUACCAAUAUAGAAGUCAUUAAGCUUUUGCAUCAAUUGGGUGUCAGCUACGAUUGCGCCUCCAAGAAUGAAAUUGAUACCGUUUUAAAACUAGGUAUUGAUGCUGACAAGAUAGUUUACGCCAACCCGUGCAAGACAAAUUCAUUCAUUAGACACGCCAAGACAAGCAAUGUUAAUUUAACCACGGUUGACAAUGCUCAUGAGUUGCACAAGUUGGCUAGAUUUCAUCCCGAGUGUAAAAUCUUGGUGAGAAUUAUGACUGAUGAUGAAGGUGCCCAAUGUAGAUUGAGUACUAAAUUCGGAUGUAGCUUGACUACCGCACUCGAGUCUAUUUUGCCUUUGGCUAAAAGAUUAGGUUUACCGGUUGUUGGUGUUGCCUUUCAUGUCGGUUCCGGAGCUAAAGAUUUUGAGUCUAUUUAUAAGGCUGUUCGUGAUUCAAGAGCCGUUUUCAAUCGCGGUAUUGAAAUGGGCUUUGACAUGAAAAUGUUGGACAUUGGUGGUGGGUUUGAGUUUGAAACUUUUGUCGAGUCGUCCAAGAUGGUGAAUGUUUCAAUUGAUGAGUUUUUUCCAAAGGAGUUUGUUGAUGAGCAUAAAAUUAAGUUUAUUGCCGAGCCAGGAAGAUUAAUGGUUGCCAAUGCAUUCACUUUAGCCACCCACGUUAUUGCUAAACGUGAAUUACAACAUGAUGUUGCUGAUGACGAACAGAAUCGUAUCAAGGCAAUGUUGUACAUCAAUGAUGGUGUUUAUGGAAACAUGAAUUGUAUCUUGUUUGAUCAUCAACAUCCAACAGCUCAUGUUUUGAAAAAUGGGUCACAUUUCCAUUACAAUCACAUGGAGAGAAGAUUGAAUAAUGAUAGUAACAAGGAGGAAUGUAAAUUCGAGUUCAAUUAUUCAAUUUGGGGACCGACGUGUGAUGGUUUGGAUUGCGUUUCCACCAAGAGUGAGCUUCACUUUGAGGUAGAUGUGGGUGAUUGGUUAUAUUUUCCCAAUCUAGGCGCAUACACCAGUGCUGCUGCCACUCAAUUCAAUGGAUUUGAAAAUGAUACAAAGAUUAUUUAUAUCCCUGUUGAGUCAAAGUAG